UCCAGAACAGCUGAGCUGUGUCUACUGUUCCAAUCGCUGUAGGAAAGAGAAAAACUUUACAUUUUUUGAAAGGAGCUCGAAAUGUCGGCGUUUGUGAAGUCUGUGUGCCUGGCACAUAAAUUGUGUGCGGCUAAUCCCGCCCUGGCCCGCCAGAUGGUGCGCAGCAUGGCUGGAUGGAACAAGGACUAUAAGCCAGCCCCAUUCCCAAAGACAGAGAAAGAGCGUGAGGCAGCCGCCAAAAAGUACUAUCUUCUGCCAGAAGAGUACAAGCCCUAUGCCGACGACGGCUUGGGCUAUGGCGACUACCCGAAGGUUGGCGGCGGCCUAGGUGUGGAGAAUAAGGAUAGCUACUAUCCCUGGGACUAUCCCGAGCACAAGCGCAACCUCCACGAGCCCAUCUCGGCGGAUCAUGACUUGUACAGCGAAGACCGCUACUCACAGGCCGAGCAGCCCCGCUAUAGCACCUCGUACUACGUCUUGAGCUUUGUGGGCGUCAUGUCCGGCUGCCUGGCCCUCUACUACUGGCUGGAGGACAAGAAAAUGUAUCGUCCCGUGGCCGCCAAGCAAUAUCCGGCUGAUGGCGUCAAGCACUACACCUUUGAGAAGUAACUGUUUGGGGGAUUUACUCGCCCGGUCGCCGGCUCUGCGGUGCUCAGUCCCUUCUACUUCAUAGGCAAUUUAUCCAUGCAUCUGUAAAAUUAAACUGAAAAGAAACCAAUCCCCGAA